GUUUGGGACGUUGACAGGCACGUGAGCUGCUGACGUCAUCAGGAGUCAGGGAGACAACAUGGCGGCGGACUCAGUGCAGAAGGUUCUGUCUGAGCAUGAAGGUGUCUUCAUUCAUCCCAGCAGUGAGGAAGAUGCCAUCGAGCUGGAUUUACUGGUCUCAGGUUCACUUCGGAUUGUAGACAAGGAUGGAGACGUCUCGGUGGAGUACAGACCGGUGGAAGAAGCUGUGGACCCGUCCAACAUGCUGUGUGCUGGAAAGGACUCCAGCUCAGUGAUGGAGUGGGCUCAGUGUUCGGGGGAGCGGUGUCACAAGCAGUUGGAAACUCAGCAGAGCUACGAGACGGAGUGGGACAUGGUCAAUGCUGCGUCCUUCAGGAAGAAACCCUGCGCCAACGGAGAAGGCUCUCUAAACCACAUCAAUGAGAGGAGCAGGGGUGCGUUCAGCUUCAGUGUCGGUGACCUCAGCUCCAUCACAGUGAAGGAUGAAGGUUGGACAUUCCUCAUCUUCAAACUGAAAGAGUCCUCCCCGCCCCUCCCUGCUCUGCACUUCCACCAAGGUGGCAGCAGAGAGUUCCUGGACAGCCUGGGGAGAUUCACACUGCUCAGCGUCGCUCCAGAUGAUGAAGCGUGUCUGCUGGUCAGCACGACAAACAAGGCUCUGUCCCAGUCCUUCGAGAACCUUCUGGAAGACAACAACUUCGGCCUUGUUAACAAGUUCAGAAAAGACCCGUACGUGACCACGCUGGGCGGCUUCUCCAAAGUCACCAACUACAUAUUUGAUGCUUUCCGGGGGACGGAGGAGCAGCACCAGCGCCCCCCCGAGGAGGUGGCUGACCUGCUGGGUGAAGUCAUCCCAGGACUGGAGAUCAACCAGCAGGAGGAGCCAGGCUUUGAGGUCAUCACCAGGAUCGACCUGGGAUCGAGGCCCCUGGUUACGAGGAGCGAGCCCAUGUCUGUGGAGGACUGGACCAAACACCAGGACCCAGAGGGGAGGAUGAUCCGGAUCUUUCACCUGAAACAAGUCAUCUUCAAAGGGGGGCUGUGUCACGCCGUGAGGAAGGAGGCCUGGAAGUUCCUGUUGGGGUAUUUUCCGUGGAGCAGCACUCAGGACGAGAGGAAAGCUCUGCAGAGACUCAAGACUGACGAAUACUUCAGGAUGAAGCUGCAGUGGAAGUCAGUCAGUGAGGAGCAGGAGAGGAGGAACUCCAGACUCAGAGACUACAGGAGUCUGAUCGAGAAAGACGUGAACAGAACCGACAGAACCAACAGGUUCUAUGAGGGCAUCGAUAACCCCGGCCUCGUACUCCUCAACGACAUCCUGAUGACGUACUGCAUGUACGACUUCGACCUCGGUUACGUUCAGGGGAUGAGUGACCUGCUCUCCCCGAUUCUCUUUGUGAUGGAGAACGAGGUCGACGCCUUCUGGUGUUUUGUCUCCUUCAUGGAUCAAAUGCAUCAGAACUUUGAGGAGCAGAUGCAGGGCAUGAAGACGCAGCUGCUUCAGCUCAGUUCUCUGCUCAGACUGCUGGACUUGUCUUUCUGGAAUUACCUCGAGUGUCAGGACUCAGGUUACCUGUAUUUCUGUUUCCGCUGGUUGUUGAUCAGAUUCAAGCGGGAGCUCAGUUUCCAGGACGUCCUGCGGAUGUGGGAGGUGAUGUGGACCGGUCUUCCCUGUCAAAACUUCCACCUGCUCGUCUGCUGCGCCAUCCUGGACUCCGAGAAACAGAAGAUCAUGGAGGAGAAGUACGGCUUCAAUGAAAUCCUCAAGCACAUCAACGAACUUUCAAUGAAGCUGGACAUUGAAGAGAUUCUUCAGAAAGCCGAGGGCAUCAGUCUGCAGAUGAGGAGCUGUAAGGACUUACCCGACUCGGUCAGAAACAUUCUGGGCUUCGAGGCGAGCGUCAGCGGCUCCGACCCGACGAGCGCUGCUCCUCCUCCGGCGGUUUCCAGAGCGGCGCCGCGACAGGACGCCUGCCCCCCCCUCCACACUCACCUGCGAGAGACGAGCUCUCACAACAGCUGCAAAGUGGCCUUUAUAUCCUAGUUGACAGCAGAGACUGAUCCAGCAUCAGCAACGCCCCCUUCAGAAUGUUCAAGGAUUUAAAAUGAUUCAGAAGCUUAUUUUUCUACCAUGUGCUACAUGAGUGUCUCAAACAGUCGCUCAGUUAUUCCUCCUGAUUUUUAUAGGGGGGGCUUUUCACACCUGCUGGUGUAAUCUCACGAGUUUAGGUGUGAAACAUGGAGGACUUGCCUGAGAUCAGACACUUGUGUGAUCCGACCUCUGACCUUGACAGCUCAUCAAGAAUCAAAGUAUUUUUACUCUGUUUCACAGACUCUGAUGAUCAGAGUCAACACUGUUCAUGUAUUUUAUAUUGAUUUAUAAUCAGUAAAAUCUUGUGUCAUUGGAAAGAUAUGAACACAGAACCUCUC